AUGCGGCCCCUGACAGAAACCGAGACGCAGACGCUCUUCCAGAAGCUGGCGCAUUACACCGGCAACUCGCUCAAGAACCUCAUCGCGCCUCUGGACGACUCGCCCAACGCCGACCGCUAUGUCUUCAGGAUACACAAGGACAGGGUCUACUACGUGCGCCUGUCCAUAGCCAAUCUGGCCGUGUCUAUUGAACGCGACAAGCUCGUCUCCCUCGGCAUCUGCCUCGGCAAGUUCACCAAGUCGGGCAAGUUCAGGCUGCACAUCACGUCGCUGCCCAUCCUGGCCGAGCACGCGCGGUACAAGAUCUGGGUCAAGCCCAACGGCGAGAUGCCCUUCCUGUACGGCGGCAACAUCGUCAAGGCGCACGUGGGCCGCUGGUCCGAGGACUGCCCGGAGCACCAGGGCGUCAUCGUCUACUCCAUGAACGACACCCCGCUCGGCUUCGGCGUCACCGCCCGCUCCACCGCCGAGGCGCGCCGCCUCGACCCCACGGGCAUCACUUGCUUCCGCCAGGCCGACUGCGGGGAGUACCUGCGCGAUGAGGAUAAUCUGUUUGCGACGGGUUGA